AUGACACGGGAAGGACCCAGUACAAAUAUUGCAGAUUACAGGGUCCUUAUUCGAAGAGUCUGGUUUGGAAGAGGACUUUCCAAAUGCCAUUUCCAAGGAUGCAAUACAGUUGACAAUAGCAACAGACCAAGAAGCAGAAAAGGCUUUUGCACUCAUCGGUUAAUUCUACGGGACGAAUGCUGUAUUGGAACCAUCGUUAGUUACAACGGGGCUAGAAGGGAGAAGCACUGCAACUUCACCAGGAUACUUGAUGAGGGCAUAGAAAUCUUAAUCCGAACAAAUAUAAAAUCCUUGUUGAAUUGGACCCCUACCUCGUAUUCCAAAUUGUCAUCCCCAAGCGCGAGACAGGUUUCACCGAAUACGCACGCUACCAACGUUGAACGAUUUCGCGAGAUGAUGCCCGCGGAGGAUGAUGUGCCUAACAGCGGACUCAACGUCUACAGCUGGCAAUCAACAGAAGCCAUCAGUGAGGUCCAAACUCCAGGGCCCAAACCCAUCCUCCUCCGUCAAGGAAAACUCGGCAAGGGCUCCUUUGGAACCGCAAUUCAUAUCUGUGACGUUAUCACCGGAAUCGAAUAUGCGCGCAAGAACCUUUUCGCAGCUCAUCCGUUCGAUUUGAAAUCGUGGAAGCUGGAGAUCGACGUGAUGGCGCUAAUCAAGCAUGAGCAUAUCAUUCAGUUUAUUUUUGCGGUUGCAGACCAUAAUCCCUGUUCAAGGUCUAGAAGCGGUAGGCUAUCUACAUGGAGACACCACCCCCCAAUUAUGCAUCGGUAUGUGAAAUCAACAUUCUUGUCAGAACCUGUGACCCUCUCCAUAUUAAGUUUGGAGAUUUUGGUUUUAUUAGAGUGGUCGGAGCACUACUACUCUCCUGAAAUUGCGGCCACUCAGGAACUCUCCACGGACAAAAAGACCACAAAAGCGGUAGACAUCUGGUCACUCUGGGUCGUUAUUCUCAGCCACAAGCACGCAUCAGAUGACCUAGGUCACAUUUUAUCGACCGCAAUGCUGGUCAUAAAACCAGCAUCUCGAUAUUCAGCACGUGGCUGUUUGGCUGAAAUUGAGGAGCUUACGUCUUCUCAAGAGAUUAUUUCUUUUGAAAUUCAAGAGUAUAUUAAGUCAAACUUCGCAAGUUCAGAAUCGCGAAAGAGGCCAACGCGCCAUCAACCUCCAUGCCACAAGAAACCUGUAAAGGAAAUACUCGUCGCCGGCUUACACAAGAUGAGUCCGGAUACGCCAUAUUUCACUCAAUCUGGCUGGAGAAUUCGAAAGUGGCUGGAUCCAAUGUGUCGCUGCACUGGGGCGGAGGAACCCAAGCCUCAGGGACAAUGA